GGCCCCGGCGGGACGAGGGCGGAGCGGGCGCCGCUGCGCUGACGGCCGCGGCAGAAAGGGGGCGGCCGCUCCCAUUUCCUCCUCUCCGCCUCGGCCGGAGCGGCUCCCUGGUGUCGGCUGCGGCUCCCAGACCGUGCCGAGCUGAGACCGGCGGGCUCCGGCCGAGCCUGCGGCGGCCGCCCACCCUCCCAAACGUCCCGAAGCCCGCUGCGCUGUUCGCGAUCCGGCUGCGGGUAUGGACGCGGCGCUGAAGCGGAGCCGCUCGGAGGAGCCGGCUGAGCUCCUGCAGUCGGCCCGGGACUUGGAGGAAGAGGAGGAAGAGGGGAUGGAGCAGGAGCUGGAGGAGGAAGAAGAGGUGGAUCCCCGGAUUCAGGGAGAACUGGAGAAGUUAAAUCAAUCCACGGAUGACAUCAACAGACGGGAGACUGAACUUGAGGAUGCUCGUCAGAAGUUCCGCUCUGUUCUGGUUGAAGCAACGGUGAAACUGGACGAACUGGUGAAGAAAAUUGGCAAAGCCGUGGAAGACUCGAAGCCCUACUGGGAGGCGCGGAGGGUGGCGAGGCAGGCUCAGCUGGAAGCUCAGAAAGCCACUCAGGACUUCCAGAGGGCCACGGAGGUGCUCCGUGCCGCUAAGGAAACCAUUUCUCUGGCUGAGCAGCGGCUGCUGGAGGAUGACAAGCGGCAAUUCGACUCGGCUUGGCAGGAGAUGCUGAACCACGCCACCCAGAGGGUCAUGGAGGCGGAGCAAACCAAGACAAGGAGCGAGCUGGUGCACAAAGAGACAGCGGCCAGGUACAAUGCAGCCAUGGGCCGCAUGCGGCAGCUGGAGAAGAAACUCAAGAGAGCCAUCAACAAGUCCAAGCCUUAUUUCGAACUCAAGGCAAAGUACUACGUGCAGCUCGAGCAACUGAAGAAGACUGUGGACGACCUGCAGGCCAAACUGGCCCUGGCCAAAGGGGAGUACAAGACGGCCCUGAAGAACCUGGAGAUGAUCUCAGACGAGAUCCAUGAGCGGCGGCGCUCCAGCGCCAUGGGGCCUCGGGGCUGUGGCGUCGGGGCUGAGGGCAGCAGCACGUCUGCGGAGGACCUGUCCGGGAGCAAACCCGAGCCAGAUGCUGUUUCUGUGGCCUCGGAGGCCUUUGAAGAUGACAACUGCAGCAACUUUGUGUCUGAAGAUGACUCGGAAACCCAGUCUGUGUCCAGCUUCAGUUCAGGACCAAUGAGCCCCUCUGACACGGCCGACCAAUUCCCUGCAGCCGUGAGGCCCGGCAGCCUGGAUCUGCCCAGCCCCGUGUCCCUGUCCGAGUUUGGGAUGAUGUUUCCGGUGCUGGGCCCUCGCAGCGAAUGCAGUGGAGCCUCCUCACCCGAGUGUGAGGUGGAACGAGGAGACAGAGCAGAAGGGGCAGAGAAUAAGACAAGCGACAAAGCCAACAACAGUCGGGGUCUUAGCAACAGCAGCGGUGAUGGUGGCAAGAGCCAAAGCAGCACGCCCCCCGAGGGCCAGGCCUUGGUGAGCAGGAUGAAGCAGCUCUCCCUCCAGUGCUCCAAGGGAAGAGACGGGAUUGUUGCCGACAUCAAAAUGGUGCAGAUCGGUUGAUCCAUCCAAGGUCCUGGCCCAGGUGCAUAUCAAUAUUUAUACACAAAACUGUGGAGGACAUUGUGCCAAUAAUCAUUUAAUAUAUGCCAAAUCGUACGCGUAACUGCACUAAUGGAGUUUCAGUGACCUUGAGGGCUGAAGAUUUUACUUCUGGGUAAGAGCUCUUGAGCUGGUUGGUUUUUCAGAGCAGAGCUGUUGUUGCAGGUGGAUUGUGAGCAGGUUCACAGCCUUUGUGGAACAUUACUUGUAACGGUGUUAUGGAAGCAAUAACUAGUUCCUACGGAAGAACCCAAGCCAGGAAAGGGGCGGGGAAGCUGUGCCCAGCUGGGCUCAAAAGUUUGCUUCUCUUUCCCUUCUCUCACCCUCAACUUCUUUGGGAAAAUGGAGAUGUUCUCUCCUCUAUAUCCUAGGGAAUCUAAAUGAAAACAAGAAUGCAAGACAAAACUCAAACAGUCAGAAUACACCUUUUGACCCAGUGAAGGCUUAAAAAAAAAAAAAAAUCCCCAAACACAAUUCAUUUUCAUCAUCUCUGGUGUUCAGAAGGGGCUUUUUAACAGUGUGUUAUGUUGGGACACACGUUAAAAACAGUUUCUAUAAAGGUUACUAUGAACUGCACUUUUUGGGAUGGGAAAGGUAAAUGCCAGUGCGGGGGCUGGGGGGGGGGGAUGAGGGUGGUAAGGACACAUCACAGAACGGGAGUUGUGGCGGGGGGCGGGAAGGUUCUAUAGCCUGAACCUUACUUAUCCUGUCAGCCAAGGGGACUUAUUCUAAGAGAACUGCAUGUGAAGAAUGGUUGCCAUUGUUAUUCUAAACUGACAAGGUGUUAAUGUCUCUGUAGGUGGUAACUUUAAAAAUAAAAAAUUAUUUAAGGGUUAUGCUGCACUAGUAUUUCUUAGAGGAAAUUGUUUCUUAAAGCUAGGAAAGGGAGUAGGCAUGUGUUGGCAAAGGCUGUUAAAUAGACGCAAUGGAGUCUGUCAUGCUGAUAGUAGUAAGUGUUACCACUGCUUUUCUGUAAUGUUUUCAUGGUUACACGUAUUUAAGAGCACUGCAUUUUAUUUGUUAAGAAAACUUGGCAUUUCUAGAACGAAAAAAGCAACCCCAUUUCAAGUUAAUUCUGUCACGACGUGCAUAUUUUAGUCAUUUGUAAAUCUCUUCAUACUAUAGUGUUUUCUCCUUUUUUAAUGACUGAUACAGUACCCUAAUUACAAGGUUAUUUUGUACUUGUCUUAAUACCUUGAGUGUAAUAAAAAUGGCUUAAGAAAA